ACACUAAAGAGAAACAAGUCUGGAAAUGGAGAUUCCUGUAAUCAAUUUCAAUGAUCUCCACGGCGAGGGAAGGGAGAAAACCAUGGCACUUCUGCACCAAGCUUGUGAGCAAUGGGGUUUCUAUAUGGUUGAGAAUCAUGGAAUUGACAAGACGUUGAUGGAGAAGGUGAAACAGUUGGUGAAUUCAUACUAUGAUGAAAAUUUGAAGCAAAGGUUCUAUGAAUCUGAGAUUGCUAAGAGCUUGAAGAACAAAGACAAUACCUCUGAAAUAGACUGGGAAAGCACAUUUUUCAUCUGCCACCGCCCAACAUCUAACAUCAACGAGAUUCCAAAGCUCUCAGAGGAUCUUCGCAAGACAAUGGAUGAAUACAUUGCUGAACUGAUUAAACUCGCAGAAAAGCUUUCUGAGCUCAUGUGUGAGAAUCUUGGUUUGGAGAAAACGUCCUUAAAGGAUGCAUUCUCAGGCAGUAAAGGUCCUUCUGUGGGAACAAAGGUCGCAAAAUACCCAGAGUGUCCUCAUCCAGAAGUUGUAAGAGGACUCCGUGAACACACUGAUGCGGGUGGAGUCAUACUCUUACUCCAAGAUGACCAGGUCCCGGGUCUUGAAUUCCUCAAAGAUGAAGAAUGGGUACAGAUUCCACCUUCAAAGAACAACACCAUCUUUGUGAACAUAGGUGACCAAGUGGAAGUACUAAGUAAUGGAAGGUACAAGAGUGUUUUGCACCGUGUCAUGCCAAACAAGUAUGGAAGCAGACUCUCUAUUGCUACCUUCUAUAAUCCUGCUGGUGAUGCCCUUAUUUCUCCGGCAUCCAGACUCUUAUACCCAACUCAAUAUCGAUUCCAAGAUUACCUAAAGUUUUAUUCCACCACAAAGUUUUCAGCAAAGGGCCCAAGAUUGGAGGCCAUGAAAACAAUGGCUAAUGGACAAAUUGCCUAAGAGUAGUAACCUAUCACUUAAGUUACACAUAUAGUUUAUUCAAGUUUGUUUGUCAACCCCAUGUUCAAAAAAAAAAAGUUUGUUUGUCAACCCAUCUUGUUGUGUUUCCUGCAUUCAACAUUUGUACUUUUACUUUUCCAGAAAGCAAGUAACUAUAUAAUAUAAUAUUUCUAUAAUU